ACAUCACUGCUGGACAAAGCGGCAAGGAGUGGUUUCUGUGAAGAGACAAGCGCACCCAAAUCAAUGGACAUACCCACACACUGAAAAAAAAAACAUCCUACAGCUUCAUACACCGUCAACUCAGGCUGUUGCAGCGACGGCAGCAGUGUCAGCAGAGCUUUGUUGAACUACUCCUGAAAAUAACAUCGGCUGAGCUGGUCAGGGGGAAAAGAGUCACCGCCGCUGGAUGGUCGGUGCUUUUUUAAGUUUUUCCGUCCUCCUAACAUGUGCUGUGUCUGAAGAAGAUGACCCACGGUUUGAAUCCAGCCUGGAAGAUUAUGCUGUCCCUCCUGAUGCCCGCCAUGCUGGCCGUCCAAGCACUGGCUAUGAUGGAAGUGCACGUCCCAGAGCAGCCAGUGGUGGUGCUGCACGGCAGGGAUGCCACCCUCAACUGCUCCUUCAGCCCCGCCGGUCCCUUCAACCUGUCUGAUCUGAGCGUCUUCUGGCAGCUGACAGACACCAAACGCAGUGUGCACGGGUACGGGGAGGGGCACGACCAGCUGGCAGACCAAGCAGAGAGAUUCGCCAACCGUACCAGCCUGUUCCCCGCCCAGCUGGGCCUGGGCAACACUUCGCUCCAGCUGAGCAGGGUGGUGGUGGCUGACGAAGGCAGUUAUACCUGCUUCAUCAGGGUGCAGGACUACGGCAGUGCUGCUCUGCUGCUGCAGGUGGCCGCCCUCUACUCCAAGCCUGUUGUGACUUUGAUGCCUGAAUCCAACCUGCGGCCAGGUGAUGAGGUGGCCCUGACAUGUGUGGCCUAUGGUGGUUAUCCAGAAGCUGAUGUGAUUUGGCAGGAUGGGGGCGGGCACAACCUGACGGACAACAUCACAAAUUCUUUGGUGGCCAAUGAGGAAGGGCUGUUCACCAUGACUAGUGUGCUGAAAGUUUUGCUGGAGCCCAACAGCACCUACAGCUGCCGUCUGAUCAACCCACUCCUGGGCGAGGAGGGGUACGCCUUCGUUACAAUCACAGGUCAGAACAUCACGUUCCCCCCGGUGGCUCUGUGGGUAACUAUUGGCCUGGCCGUGUGUCUGCUGGUACUGCUCAUUGCCCUGGCCGCUGUCUGCCGCAGGAAGAUCAAGGAGAGCUGCGAGGAAGCCAGGAGGGAAGCUGAAGAGGCCAAGGAGCUGGAAGAAGAGGAGUCAAAGACAGCCAUGACACUGCUGAAAAGCUAAGGCCAAGAGAUUCAAGGAGUCGGGGCCAGGCAGCGGGUAGGAGAUGAGUCUGGCUCGUAUAAUCCCACUCCACCUAUCCAUCAACCUGGAGACUAUUUCCAGCAUCCCCCUACAGAAUGUCAAAGCGUCGCUGAGCGGAAGAUGAGUCCAUCAUCUUCUUUCUAAGACUUUCCCUCGAGUUUCCAUCAAAAACACAUAAACACAUCAUGUGCCAUUAUUUCCUAUCGCCCCCUCCCCCACCCCCCUCCUCUCUUCUGUCAAUAGAGGGGCUUCGUCAGUGAGUGAUCUCAGUUGAGCGCAGUAUGCAAAAGAGGAGCUCUUGUUUGACACCUACUGGAUGUGACAGGAUCCUUUCACUGUCGCUGACAUCACUCUGCAUGGGUUGUGAUGGGGCGUGUGCCAGAGAUCUCCUGUCUAAUAAGAAGAGAGACACUUAAAGAGAUGACCCUGCCUCAGUUGCCUUCACUGUCUCUCAGCCAGAGAGAGAGAGAGAGUUCUGCUCUCCCAUUACUCCCGCACUUGCUAAUUAGUGUCAGUCGGCGGAAUAACUUGUACCUGUCGGCGUGUGCUGCUUCCCUAUAUUCACUAACUUCAGGGGAUUGACAUUGAAUGCCAGCUAAGCUCCAACAAACUGCAAAUGGUGCAUGGGAUACACCCUGAUAUCCUUAUUGACCUGAUGACUUUAUAUGUAGGUUUGAUUUUAUUGAACGAGGACUCUCUGAGCUUUUUUUUUUUUUUACUGCUUUUAUGGAAUGUUGUAUCUCUUCAGGCUCGGGGCUGUACAGGUUGUUUUAUUGCUUUUGUUAGGUACUCGUGCAAUCAUGUGCCAUUUGACCAUGUAUGAAUGCCAAAGUAAUUUUGUUUCAGAUAACCCAGUGCCUAUUUACAUUAAAGAGACAUGAUGAAA